CUGUGAAGUGAGGGUCAGAUUCUCUUUGCUGUUAAAACACUUCACUUUCAGUGAGGAACAGCCUGGAUUCAGCUGAGGGGGAGUCUUAAGAGUUCAGGAGGAGAUCACCACGUUUAAUGGCAGCCCAGGCAUUUCAACGCUGAUCACUCGCUGACUGACGCAUGAAAGCAUUAACAGACAGCACAGUUCUACAAGAAUACAGAUCACUUGGCAAGAGGCGGUGAAACUAAAGUCCCCGUUGUUCCAUUAUUGUGGCCCUGAGACAAGCUGACAUAAUGAAACUUGUCCUGCUUUUAGUCCUGCUGAGUAUUGAAUUGAUAGGAGCCUUUGGCUUGGGCUUGAAACCACAGCGGUUUAAAGGACGCGUGCAGCGUGACCGAAGAAACAUCAGACCCAACAUCAUUCUGAUCAUCACAGAUGACCAGGAUGUGGAGCUUGGUUCACUGCAGGUGAUGAACAAAACCAGGAACCUCAUGGAGCAAGGGGGAGCUCACUUCACCAAUGCCUUUGUAACAACUCCAAUGUGCUGUCCUUCACGGUCUUCUAUGCUCACUGGGAAAUAUGUCCACAAUCACAACACGUACACCAACAAUGAGAACUGCUCCUCGCCCUCCUGGCAGGCCACACACGAGCCCCGCACCUUCGCUGUCUAUCUGAACAACACCGGCUACAGAACAGCGUUCUUUGGGAAGUACCUCAAUGAAUAUAAUGGCAGUUACAUCCCCCCUGGAUGGCGAGAGUGGGUCGGACUUAUAAAAAAUUCCCGGUUCUAUAACUACACCCUCAGUAGGAAUGGCUUGAAGGAGAAGCACGGGUUUGACUAUUCCAAGGAUUACUUCACAGACGUCAUCACCAACGAUAGUAUCAGUUACUUCCGUAUGUCCAAGAAGAUCUAUCCUCACAGGCCGGUACUCAUGGUUAUUUCCCACGCUGCGCCCCAUGGACCCGAGGACUCUGCCCCCCAGUUUUCCGAACUCUUCCCCAAUGCCUCACAGCACAUCACGCCCAGCUACAACUACGCUCCAAACAUGGACAAACACUGGAUCAUGCAGUUCACAGGGGCAAUGAGGCCUAUCCAUAUGGAGUUCACCAAUAUUCUCCAGAGAAAGAGGUUGCAGACUCUGAUGUCAGUGGAUGACUCUGUAGCGAGAAUCUUUCAGAUGCUGACAGAGUCUGGGGAGCUGGACAACACCUAUGUCAUCUACACAGCAGACCACGGUUACCAUAUUGGGCAAUUUGGACUGGUAAAGGGAAAAUCGAUGCCAUAUGACUUUGAUAUCCGGGUUCCUUUCUUUGUCCGUGGACCAAAUGUGCAACCGGGGUCAAUCAUCCCUCAGCUUGUUCUGAAUAUCGACCUUGCUCCCACUAUCUUGGAUAUUGCAGGCCUCGACAUCCCGCCUGAUAUGGAUGGCAAGUCCAUCCUGAAACUGCUAGAAGCUGAGAAACCAGGAAACAGAUUCCGCUCAAAUAAAAGGCCCAAACUUUGGCGUGAUACGUUCCUGGUGGAGAGAGGCAAAUUACUUCGUAAGAAAGAAGAUGGAAAUGGUGAUGCCCAACAAACCAACUACCUACCAAAAUAUGAAAGGGUGAAGGAAGUGUGUCAACAGGCAAAGUACCAGACUGCCUGCGAACAGCCCGGACAGAAAUGGCAAUGUGUUGAAGAUGCUUCAGGAAAACUCCGACUCCACAAAUGCAAAGGGACAAUCAAGCUACUGACCGGCAGUAAGAAAAGUAGGAGCCUGGGCUCUCACAUCUACAGCAGCAACCGUUGUGACUGCCCCGAGGAUGACUACCGCAUGAGUCAGGCUGAGAGACGCAAUCAGAGGCGAUUUCUAAGGAUGCACACGACCCAGAAAUUUAAGCCUCGUUUCAUUCGCACUCGUCCAAUCCGUUCCAUUGCAGUCGAGUUUGAAGGGGAAAUUUACGAUAUUGACCUGGAUGAUGAAGGGCUUGAUGAUCUGUUACCAAAAAAUAGCAGCAGCCAAUCCCAGGGCAGGGAGGAGGAGAAGGAGGAGGAAGAUGACAACACGAUGAUUGCAGAGGAUGUGGGCAAUGCUGUUGGAGCAUCACUGGCCUCAGUCAAAGUAACGCACAAGUGUUACAUUCUCGCCAAUGACACAGUGCACUGUGAGAAAGAGGUGUAUGAAUCAGCUAGAGCAUGGAAAGACCACAAGAACUAUAUAGACAAAGAGAUCGAAGCUCUUCAAGACAAAAUAAAGAAUCUGAGAGAAGUGAGGGGACACCUCAAAAGGAAAAAGCCUGAAGAAUGCGACUGCAACAGGAAAAGUUAUUACAGCAGAGAUAAGGGCAUGAGAAACCGAGGGAAACUGAAAAACGAGAACAGCCACCUGCAUCCCUUCAGGGAGGUGGCACAGGAGGUAGACAGCAAGCUGCAGCUGUUCAAAGAGAACCGGAGAAAGAAGAAAGAUCGUAAAUUGAAGAAACGCCUGAGGAAGGGGGAUGACUGCAGCCUGCCCGGCCUCACCUGCUUCACACACAACAACGAUCACUGGCAGACCCCACCUUAUUGGAACUUGGGAUCCUUUUGUGCCUGCACAAGUUCUAACAAUAAUACUUACUGGUGUUUACGGACUAUUAAUGAGACGCACAACACUCUCUUCUGUGAGUUCGCCACUGGCUUCCUCGAAUAUUUUGACAUGAACAGUGAUCCUUAUCAGCUGACUAAUGCAGUGCACAUGCUGGAGCGGGAAAUUCUUAACCAGUUGCACGCACAACUCAUGGAACUGCGAAGUUGCAAGGGACACAAACAGUGCACACCAAGACCAAAGGGUCUGGAAGCAGAGGACAAUUAUGGGACGGAUGGGAAGGUUAGUCUGCAGAAACUGCCAAACUUCACAGAAAAUAUCAACUGGGAAGGACUUGAAAAUUUGUACAGUGUGGAUGAAAGCUUGUUUGACAACAGGAAUAAUUAUAGCCUUAGCCUUGGAGACUGGACUAAUUACUGGAAGGAUGUAGAUAGGAUGUUUGCACUGCUGAAAUCUUCUCCUGGACACACUUCUGAGACCAUUGCGCUAAACAAGGAUCUGUUGACCAUUGACACUGCCCCCCUGGACAUGGCAUCAUCUCCGCUUUCCAUCUCGGGAAAUGGGUCCCCAACUGAGCCAGAGGAUGAAUCCAGUGGGAUGAUUGAUUGGGAGAUAAAAGAGACACAACCUGCUAUAUCUACAGACUCAAGUGUGACUGACACAGGGGGUGACAGCCCAAAGGUGGAAAUGAUGAAUCACAAUCACAUACCUGAGAACCAUGUUUCCAGUUCUGAAUGGUGGAGACAAGAGUUGAUAAAAGAAUGGGAGGAUAUUGAAAAUGGUUCAGGCUUCAGCGGCAACGGCCUGAGGGAAAUCGAAGCCAGAAACAGCUUCUUUCUGCAGCAGAGCGGCAUGCUUCCUCUGACAGGUCAGCAAAAUCAAGUGCGGGGGGAGGAGGAGGACAUUCUUGAAGAUCAAGCCUAUCUUCCUGCUCAUUCUGUCAGUCCUUUUUAUCGUGAGGCCUUAGCAAUUCCUUCAGAAGGCAAGGUCAGCGGGAACGAAGAGCUUCAGGAAGAGCCACAGAACAGCGGUGAGGAAAUACCAGAGAACUUCAAUCCAGAGGGGUAGCAGUUUGUCCCCUUCCCUCUUUUGAUCAACUCAAAGCCCUUCAUUCAUUCAUUCACCUGGAUGUCUACUGUCACCUGCAAUAAUAACAGCUCAUGUUGUAAGAUCAAAGGGCAAAGGACGUUGUAUUUCAUCACGGACAGCCUUGGGGCAGUCUCACAAUUUUAUUUUGUUACCAUUGUCUGGAAUGAGGGAACAGGAAGCUUAUUUCUUGUAUAACUGUUAAGUUCUACAGUUCUAAAUAAAUAUAUUUAAAUGUUAUGUUACUGGAAUAGGCAUAUCCCAGAGGGCUGGGAGAAAUUCCCUAAACUUUGCAUUGGCUGUUUUCCAGAGCCUUGGGGUGUCCUCCCAAUGUGAAAGGCACUAUACAAAUGUAAUUUUGUUGUUCUUGUUUCAGUAUGCCUCGGAAUAGUUUCUCCUUGUUACCUAAUAAAGUGAAACGUUUUAGCUAC